AGUGCUUAAUGGCCUCACCAUCACUCUCAGCUGUUUCUGUAAGCCGAAAAAGCGUUUACAAAAUUGAAUAAAUUUGGAAAAUGGUUAACGAUAAAAAACGUCGGUCACGAUCGCGGGAGCGUUACAGGGAGGAUCGGCCGGCGGUGGGCAAUCCCCGGGAUCGCGAGCGGGACAGAGAUCGUGCGAGGGAGAGAGAUAGGCAGUAUGAGAGGGAGAAGGACAGACGCCAACGGCGAUCUCGAUCCCGUGAGGAUCGGGGCAGGCGGAGAUCACCCGAACGACAAAGGCCACGAGAAAAUGUCCGAGAGCGAUCCAGAGAAAGAGGGGUUGGAGGACCAGGCGGCGGUGUUGAAAAGAAGGCUAAGAUAGAGACCGGCGAAGUUCCACCUAAACCUUUAAUAGUCGAUGAACAAGAGCUUCAAGAUGACAAGGAUACGUCGAUAAAAAAGGAGCCUCUCUCGCUGGAGGAGCUGUUGGACAAAAAGAAACGGGAGGAGGAGGCCAGAAGCAAACCCGUUUUCCUUACCAAGGAACAAAGAGCUCUGGAAGCCAUAAAGCGGCGCCAGGAAGAAGUUGAGCGCCAGCGCGCCGCCCACGAUGCAGCCCGUGAGCAAAUGGCUGCUGCCAGUAAAGUUAGCAUCUCCAUGGGCACGGCCAUGGCAUCGGGAGCUCCUCCACCGGCCAUCAUGGCACCGCCACCCAAACCAGAACGACGAGAAAGAGGAGGGGGUCGAGAUCGUGGCGACAGAAAUGAUCGUGGGGAACGUGGAGAUGACAAGCGAGCCGAGGAUCUCACCCACAAGGAUAAGGAAAAGGAACUGGAGGCCAUUCGGGAACGGUACUUAGGCAUAAUCAAGAAAAAACGUCGAGUCCGCCGCCUUAACGACCGCAAAUUUGUUUUCGAUUGGGAUGCCGGUGAAGACACAUCAAUAGAUUACAACAAUCUCUACAAGGAACGCCACCAUGUUCAAUUCUUCGGCAGAGGAAAUGUGGCUGGCAUUGAUAUAAAAGAGCAAAAGCGCACCCAGAGCAAAUUCUACGGAGAUCUUCUGGAGAAAAGGCGAACGGAAGCGGAAAAAGAACAGGAAAAAGUGCGCCUAAAGAAAAUGAAGCGCAAGGAAGAUAAACAGAAGUGGGACGAUCGUCACUGGUCCGAAAAAGACAACGAUGAGAUGACUGAACGAGAUUGGCGAAUCUUCAGGGAAGACUACAAUGUCACCAUUAAAGGUGGCAGAAUACCCAAUCCUAUCAGGAGUUGGAAUGAGUCUGGCUUCCCCAAGGAAAUUAUCGACAUUAUUGAUAAAGUGGGUUAUAAGGAACCCACGCCCAUUCAAAGGCAAGCUAUUCCGAUUGGAUUGCAGAAUAGGGAUAUUAUUGGCGUAGCUGAGACGGGUUCCGGUAAAACAUUGGCUUUCUUAAUACCGCUGCUCUCUUGGAUUCAGUCUUUACCCAAGAUUGAACGUCUGGAGGAUGUUGACCAGGGUCCCUAUGCCAUUAUCAUGGCUCCCACGCGUGAGUUGGCACAGCAAAUCGAGGAGGAAACAACUAAGUUUGGACAACCUUUGGGAAUACGAACUGUGGUAGUUGUGGGUGGUUUGUCCAGGGAGGAGCAAGGAUUCCGUCUGAGAUUGGGCUGCGAGAUUGUCAUCGCCACGCCAGGUCGUCUCAUCGAUGUGCUGGAGAAUAGAUAUUUGGUACUCAAUCAAUGUACGUACAUUGUCCUCGACGAGGCCGAUCGUAUGAUAGACAUGGGCUUCGAACCCGAUGUCCAGAAAAUCCUGGAGUAUAUGCCCGUAACCAACCUAAAGCCCGAUACUGAGGAGGCAGAAGACGAAACAAAGCUGAUGGAAAACUUCUAUACAAAAAAGAAGUACCGACAAACGGUGAUGUUUACGGCUACGAUGCCUCCGGCUGUAGAAAGAUUAGCUCGGUCGUAUCUACGGCGACCUGCUACGGUUUACAUCGGAUCCGUCGGAAAGCCAACAGAAAGAACGGAACAAAUUGUUUACAUGAUGGGCGAGAACGACAAGCGCAAAAAGCUCAUGGAGAUUUUGUCGAGGAAGAUCGAUCCGCCAGUUAUUAUCUUCGUCAAUCAAAAGAAGGGCGCCGAUGUGCUGGCCAAGGGAUUAGAGAAACUGGGCUACAAUUCCUGUACGUUGCACGGUGGCAAAGGUCAGGAGCAGAGAGAGUACGCUUUGGCUGCUUUGAAAUCGGGCGCAAAGGACAUCCUAGUGGCUACCGAUGUGGCUGGACGUGGUAUCGAUAUUAAGGAUGUGUCUUUAGUUAUUAACUAUGACAUGGCCAAGACUAUUGAGGAUUACACCCAUCGUAUCGGUCGUACAGGUCGUGCUGGGAAGACUGGUUGUGCUAUUUCGUUUGUCACAAAGGAUGAUAGUGCUUUGUUCUAUGAUCUGAAGCAAUGUGUAUCCGCCAGUCCUGUUUCGACUUGUCCGCCGGAGUUAAUGAACCACCCGGAGGCUCAGCACAAACCAGGCACGGUGGUCACCAAAAAGCGCAGGGAGGAGAAAAUAUUCGCCUAAAAUUGGCACAUCAUAAUAACUACAUUUAAGUUAAACCAAAGUAAAUAAUAAAGUUCGGUAUGUCAAAAGCUAUGCCUUUGCAGCCAAAAGUCCUUU